GGUCUUACCAGUGACCUGAAUAAAAAUUCAGAUCACAAAUUAUAUCUUGUUUGCAUUUCUCUGAGAAGGAAAAAAUCAAGAGAUUCUUUGUUGUUAGCAGGCAGAAUCUAACCAGAUGAGUUUUUAAUGAGCCCACGAAGGGCUUCCAACUCUCUUUCCUCUUCUAAAGGUUCACAAACCCUCCCCCUUUGAGCAACAAUUUGUAGGUUUUCCAGGGGCUGAAAGAAAACGCAGCAGGUCUAGAACACCCCCCUCGCUGCCACCGCCAACUACUUUUGUUUUCUCGAAUACCUUACUCUCUUCUUUUUAUGCCCUUCCUGCCUCCUCCUGCCCUCCUGGCACCUGGGGGUCCCCACAUUGGUUCAUUCCAAAGUUUUAAGGUCUUUUGAGGAAGGAGGUAGGAGAGGGCAUGCGUGUGGAGCGGGGUGGGGGAAGGCAGGAGCUUUGGGGUUUGUUUAUUCACUCGGAGUCCAGGCUGACCCCCAGAGGUACAGGCACAGGGACAGGCCUGGCCCCACCCUCACUCUCUCUGGGGACAUUUUUCAGGGUGUGUCUGGCGAUUACUCCAGGAAACAUGGCCGAGUUUGCCCUGAAUCAGAGUCUGCCUGACCUGGGCGGCCCUCAUCUGUGCCCGGGUCCGACCCAGGGCGCCCGAAGCCCGCGCUCGCCCUACUCAGUGGAGACACCCUAUGGCUUCCACCUGGAUCUGGAUUUCCUCAAGUACAUCGAGGAGCUGGAGCGCGGCCCUGCAGCCCGCCGCACCCCAGGACUCCCGUCUGCGCGCCGCCCGCGAGCGUCCAGGGCCGGCCUGGCAGGCGUGCGCAGCCCAGGCGCCUGGACAUCCAGCGAGUCCUUGGCCAGUGACGACGCAGGAGCGCAGGGCGCACUCUCCCCGGGCGCGUCCUCGGGGCUCCUGCUGUCGCCGCGCUUACCCGCGCGCAACCCGCGCGUGGAGCACACGCUCCUGGAGACCAGCCGGCGCCUGCAGCUGGCGCAGGAGCGCGCAUCCAGCCCUGCCCGCGUGGUCCCGCGCAGCCCGCGUGGGUCUGGCGGCUGCAGCCCCGCCGCGGGCCCGGCUGCCAACCCCGCCUCUCCGGGCCCCGCGCAGCUGCAGCAGGUGCGCGAGCAGAUGGCCGUGGCGCUGCGGCGCCUGCGUGAGCUCGAGGAACAGGCGCGCGCGCUGCCCGAGCUGCAGGAGCAGGUGCGCGCUCUACGCGCAGAGAAGGCGCGUCUGCUGGCGGGGCGCGCGCAGUCGGAACCCGAAGGCGCGGCAGAGGCGCGCCCGGACAAGCUUGCUCAGCUGCGGCGGCUUACCGAGCGUCUGGCCACCUCCGAGCGCGGCGUUCGCGCCAGGGCAAGCCCCCGGGUUGAUGGUCCCGACGGAUCUCCUUCGCGGCGCAGCGAAGAGGAGCUCCAGGUCCUCGACAGGGCGGACGGGACCCCAGACGGGGAGCCCCAGGCGCGCGAGGCCAGCGUGCAGGCGGUGCCGGAGACCCAAGAGACGGGAGCGCAGGCAGUGCGGGAGACCGAGAAUGCCAGUGUGGCGGCGGCCCCCGACACCGUCGAGGCGGACACAUGGGUGACAGAGGCGCUGCUGGGGUUGCCCGAGGCCGCAGAGCGUGAGGUGGAACUGCUGCGAGCCAGCCUGGAGCACCAGCGCGGGGUGAGUGAGCUCCUGCGGGGCCGUCUGCACGAGCUGGAAGAGGUUGCGGGCGAAGCCCUGGCGGUGGCCCCGCCCCAGCAGCAGGAGGCUGCCACCCAGACCUCGUGGGGCUGUGCCGAGAAGGCCACGCAGACCGAGCCCCCCGCGGAGGCCCCGUCCCUGGCACAGGAGAACCUGCCCGAGCCCACGGAUGGGGACAGGGCCGCGGCGCCCGCGGGCAUCUUGAAAUCCAUCAUGAAGAAGAGAGAUGGCACACCCGGAGCCCAGCCCAGCCCGGGCCCCAAGAGCCUGCAGUUCGUCGGGGUCCUGAACGGAGAGUAUGAGAGCUCGUCCAGCGAGGGCAACAGCGACAGCGACAGCGAGGAGGGCGCCGCUGAGGCCCCCAGGAGCAGCUCCUCGGACGACGGCGGCGGGGGGUCCGACUCGGGUGCCCCUGGCUCUCCCGGCCACGGCCACGGGGAUGCGCGGGAGCCCCAGCGGGAGCCCGAGGCGGAGGCAGAGCCCCAGGCCGGCGCGCCGGGAAGGUGCGAGCUGAGCCCGCGCGUGAAGGAGGCCUGCGCGGCGCUGCACCGGCAGCUGAGCCGGCCCCGCGGAGCCGCCCGCGACGGCGGUGCAGCGCGCCUGGUGGCCCAGGAGUGGUUCCGCGUGUCCAGCCAGAGGCGCUCGCGGGCAGAGGCCGUGGCCGGGAUGCUGGGCGCCGUGGCCAGCCUGGGACCAGGGCUGCUGGAGCACGUGGUCAACCUGGCGGACGGCAAUGGAAACACAGCGCUGCACUACAGCGUGUCCCACGGGAACCUGGCCAUCUCCAGCUUGCUCCUGGACACGGGUGUCUGUGAGGUUGACCGCCAGAACCGUGCCGGCUACUCGGCCCUCAUGCUGUCUGCACUCACCUCAGUGGGGCGGGAGGAAGAGGACAUGGCUGUGGUCCAGAGACUCUUCCACAUGGGCGAUGUCAAUGCCAAGGCUAGCCAGACAGGGCAGACAGCCCUCAUGCUGGCCAUCAGCCACGGUCGCCAGGACAUGGUGGCAGCCCUGUUGGCAUGUGGGGCAGAUGUGAAUGUGCAAGAUGCGGAUGGGGCCACAGCACUGAUGUGUGCCAGUGAGUACGGGCGUCUGGACACCGUCCGGUUGUUGCUGGCCCAGCCAGGCUGCGACCCUGCCCUCCUGGACAACGAGGGUACCAGUGCCCUGGCCAUUGCAUUGGAGGCUGAGCAGGACGAGGUGGCCGCCCUGCUGCACACCCAUCUGAGUUCAGACCAGUCAAGUCCAAUGGUGAGUGAGUCACCUCCUGACUCCCCCUCGGCCACGCCUGGUGAAGGAAGAUGCAGUGACAAAGAAGAGGAUUCCCAGACUCAGUAAGCGGCCUGGAACACUGGACCCAGCAUCUUUCCCUCCACACUGUGGACUCUGGGUUACAGCUGGGGUAAGGGUCUGCUGGCACAAGAGAAAAGCUUGGAUGACUCAGUGUCCCCUCAGAAGGGGAUCACUUUGGAUGAAUCAGGGUGAGAUGGGGGCCGAGGAGAGCCCAUAACCCCCAUACUCCCCCAAACUUUACUAAUAAAACAUUCCUAUUUCUAUCUUGUUUUGGGGGAUACACAGAUGGAUGGCUUCCCCUCCUCAAAGAAAGGCCUUCUUAGGGAAAGCCACCCCCACUCCCCUCAACUUCCAGAGUGACCACCUGGAGGGCCCACUGGAAGACUUUAUAAUGCUAGUGAUAAUGCAAGUCAGGCAACAAGCAG